UAGAAAAAAAUUAACGAGUCACAACUUUAAUUUUCACUUUUGAUUGAAAGUUUGAAAGCCACUAGAAAAUACCAAUCACGUGGUCUAAAAUGAAAGUCAAAAUUAAAAAUUGGCAAGCGGUUGCAAUUUGGAAAUGGAUUGCCAAUGAUGAUAAUUGUGGUAUUUGUCGUAAUGCAUUUGAUGGCUGUUGUACCGAAUGUAAAAUGCCAGGCGAUGAUUGUCCAUUAGUAUGGGGAAAAUGUUCACAUUGUUUUCAUAUUCAUUGCAUUAUGAAAUGGUUAACUUCACAGAAUGUUCAUCAACAAUGUCCAAUGUGUCGACAGGAAUGGAAUUUUAAAGAAUAAAAUUGGAUUAUUUAAUAA